UGGACUUAUUGCUAUUGAAUUUCAUUGUGUUGAUUUGAGACUAAUUCUCUUAUUUGUCAAGGUCAUUUUGAAUUCUAAUCUUGUCCUUCAAAAUGCUUACAUCCCCUCCCAGAUUGGUGUCAUCUGCACAUUUUAUAAGCAUACUCUCUGAUCCAUUAUCCAAGUCAUUAAUGAAAAUAUUGACUAGUACUGGACCCAGGACUGACCUCUGCAGGACAGUAGCUACGCUCUUGCAGUUUGACAGCAAACCAUUGAUACCUACUCAGACUACUGACUUUCUACCAGAAUGGAUGUGGUCAGUUUAGGAGGGUGUCUUGGAUGUCUUUCUGGGUUCUGUGAUGGGACUCAGAUGCCCUUCUGGGCUCCUCUGGCCUUUUGGUUCUAGGAUUCAGCUGGGAGUAGUGGUGAGGAAGUAUGGUGGUUCCCUCCCAUGCAUCAUCCGUGUGUUGCACCAAAAUGAGAACUCUUACAAUAGAUUGUUCCUCUCAUUUCUUACAGUCUUUGAUCAGCAGUGAAAUAGUGAAGUGCUCAUAUGUAAAUAGUCAUCACUGGGCAUGCAAGUUAAUGCUCCAUUGAGAGAAAUGGGAAAGUUCACACUUCUCUUAGUACUAGUUUUCGGCUUUCUGCAGACCCAGGUAGACUUCACUAUGUUAGUUACAUUCAUUUAGUUUGAAAGUUUCCUUCUGAACCAUAAGGGUUAGAGCCUUUAUGAUUAAAAAUAAUAAUAAUACUAAAUCUGAGAUUCUGGAGAACAAGAUUGCAACCUUAGAGGGGAAAAUUGCUUGAUUGUUGACCUACUCAACUUGAGCCCGAAUAAUUUUUAUCAGAGUUUUAGGAAAAUUUGAAGAUGCAGUGAGAGAAUGCACAGUAUAAAGAAAACAUCAUUUGAAAGGGCAUGCCUAUCAAAAUACAUAAUAUCAAAAUACAGUUUUUCAAUUACUUAAGUCAUCCGUUCAUUUUUUUGCUCAUUUUUGGUAACAUGUUGGCUACCAGUUGGCCAAAGCUUACCUUAUCACAAAACUCUGAUCUGUAGUUGUGUGUGUGUGUGUGUGUGUGUGUGUGUGUUGGGGAGAAGGAUGGGAAUGACACAUAUGUCAUAGUGACAGAAUAAUGAGGUAGGAAAAUGUAGGGCAGCCGCUGCAGAAUUUAGUCUCACUGUGUGGUAGAAUACAUGGGUUCCUACGUAAUCCCUCUGAUAGCAUAUGUUAUCUUCCCCUGUAGUGUUUGGUCUAUGUAGAGGAUAACAGUUUACAAUUGGUAUCAGUUAUUCCUUUAGUCUGAUGUGGAUAUAGAGCCUGUUGUCAAACAUUGUUGAAUUACGAGGCGUGGGGGUUCAGUAUAGUUUCACAUGCUAUAAACCCUGUUUUCUUCAGUGUAUGUAAUUUUCUAGCCUUUUUAUAAACAAUGUUAAUGUUGCAAUAUCCAACACUCAAAAGUUAGAAUCUGUGUGUAGUGUUAAUCCAUCUAUGCAAAACAAAGUGUCUGUAUACAUACUCAUGUUUAUAUUAUGUUCUUCGAGUGAUUGCUCAUGUCGAUUCCAAGUAGGCGCGUGCGCGCCGCGUGCACAGUCACCGGAAGGUUUUUCCCCUAAUGGUACCCGACGGGUUGGCUGUGGAGCCCCAUGAAGUUGCAUCUUCAUGGAGGUGUAUAUAGGUCCCUGCUGACCCAUCGCCUCUUCAGUUUUUUCUUACUGCCAGUGAUGGUCGUUGGAGUAGCUCCUCUCUUGCUAACUGCAAGCGAUCCCCUAGUGGACUUUUUUCUCAUUGUUAUCUGUAAAUAGUUAAAAUUUUAGAGUUAGUUAGUUCAAAUAGUCUAGUUAGUUUCAUCCCUAGGUGGCAUCUGACCCCAAGCCCAGUACUUUGGUGCGGAGCAUGCCGGCCUUGGUAAGAGAAACCACGGUGCCAAGAAAGGACUCUGGCUCCAGGGACUCUCAGCACCGCCAUUCUCCAGCGCCAAAGACCUCCUCCAGUGCAAGUGCCCGGCACUGUUCCUUUCACCGGUGUCACACAAGAAGAAGAAAAUGGAGAGAGGUCGCUCUCCCAUUAAAGUAGUGGAGCAAUGAGGCACCAGCAGGGUGUGUCCUGUGCUGGGACACCCUGCUCCGGCUCCGACUCAGCUGGCACGGUUGACUCCAGCCUCAGGGGGAGGUCUGUUGUGUCUGAUUGUAGUGGACUCCCCGGUGCGGGAGAGUUGGGAGGAGGACAUAGACCUUCCUUUUACACGGGACACUUUUGAAGCAGCUAAGGACCUCGUUGCAAGGAAUGUGCAGUCACUGGCACUGGCGCCGCAAAGAGGCACCGUGCCCUCUAGGCUCUAGCUGAUGAUGAUAAGGCACCACUCAUCCUCACCUUGACACCGCUCCCUGGCACCGUCUCGUUCUGCACCACCUAGGUUGCCGAGGUUGGAGUCCUCAUUGGACUAGGAGGUAUAGUCGCCUCUAGGUGAAGCCGGCACUGUUCCCGGUAUCGCUUGAGGCAAGAGGAAGGGCAGCUGCUACCCAUGAUGUCCUGGCCUCCACAGUGGCAGGCGCUGGCUCAGUGUCUCUUCUGGACCCCAUGGGCCUACCACCAUGUCCAAGGGCCAGGGUCCAGAUCCUUGUUGGUGCCUUCAGAGGCAUGGGUCCCUCCAUCAUCGACUCCAGUAGCCUGGGAACCUCCACAAGGGCAGGAGAUGGGCACGCAGGUCGACACUGGGGCCGGUACCGAGAUGGGUGCAGGCCCGGGAACCAGCGCCACCCCCUGCACCACACAGGGAGUUUCAAUGCAAGGGGAUCCCCACAAACCAGAGGGGCAGGAAGACUCAGUGCCCCCGCGGGCAUCUUCCUCAUGCUUCCCAGAUGAAGCGGUGGCGGGCACCACCACACUGCCUGCCCUGGACACCAGGGCACACCAAGAGUUGCUCAGGAGGGUGGCUGAAAACUUGAGCAUGCACGUGGAGGAGGUCUCAGAGGAGACUGACCCUAUGGUGGAUAUUCUGUCCCUGAAGGUCCUUCAAGGGUGGCUUUGCCCCUCAUUUAGACUAUCCAUAACACGACUAAGGUGUUGUGACAAACACCUGCCUCUCUUCCCUCCAUGGCGAAAGGGGUAGAGAAGAAAUAUUUUGUGCCCUCCGAGGAGCUACUUGUUUAGCCAUCCUCAUCUGGGUACUCUGGUGGUGGAGGGGGCCAACCAGAAAGAAAGACAGGAACAACUGGGGCCGACCCCUAAGCAAAGAGUUCUAUACAGACCGCCAUGAAGGUUCGACUCCAGGGGGCUCCACAGCCACCGACGGGUACCACUAUGGAAACACCUUCUGGCGACUGUGCACGUGGUGCACAGAUACCUACUUGGAACGGACAUGAGCAACACAUCUCAAAGAACAACAGUUACGAAAGGUAUGUAACCGGUUUUUUUUACAGCUAUCCAUAUAUACACAUAAUAUAUGCAUAUUUAUUUGUGUAAAAUAUAAACAUAUACAUAUCUGUGUGCGGUAUAUAAAGUUGAAAGCUAAAACUACACUAGUGCUACAUUAAGUUGGAACAGUUAAAAUGAGUCAACAAAAGUCAAAAUGAAGAUUCAUGCAUGAACUUUAAUAUGUUACUUAUGCCUAUUGUGUAGUGUUUUUGUUUUUCUUGCCACAUUAUACCUUUAAUAUAUUGUUCUGAUAAUUGCUAUAAAAUAUAAAGGAAGGGGUACAGUCUGAGUUAACCUUGCUGUUGGAACCUUAUCUUUUGGGUUUUCUUGCUUAAUUUUACUCUAACGGCGAUACAGGUUAUUUCCAUUUUAUAAUGGUGAAAGGAAAAGACAGACUUUAACUAGUUGGUGUGUUGUUGGUGUCCUCAUCUCUGGAAAUACAUGUUCAGUUUCAUAAACCUGUCCCUCCUUGCUCACUCAUUUUCAAAACAAUAUGUAAGGGUUAAUUGUCACAUGUGCCUCUUGCGGAUAGUAGGAAUGAACUGCAGUGUUUAGUAUACUGUGCAGUUAAUCCUGCAGUUUGAUGAAUGGACCUUGAAUAGACAAGGAGAGUUUGUAGUCCUGACAUGUAAACAUAGAGUUAACUGUUCUCAUUGCUUCUAUGACUUACUGAAAUAAAUCACUGUAUUAAUACAGUGAGUUAUUGAGACAGAGCGAGAUUUAGCACUCUGGCAACCUGAGCUGACUGUGGAUUGUAGCACUUAGCCUUCAUGGCAUCUCUGCUAACUGGGACUUUGAACAUGGGGACCUUCUUCAGCAUUGUGAGGCGUCGCUAUAAAAGGAGGCGUAAGAAACGUUCUGAGAGGAAAGAUAGACGCCAUCUACGCCAGUCAAGAAACCAGCAAAAGUAUUUCACAAUGGAUAUAGAUGAUGAAGAAAAUAUGAGUUCAAGCAGCACUGAUGUUAAAGAAAACCGCAACAUGGACAACGUUCCACCUAAGGAUGGCAGUGUGCAAAAUACCGGGGAGGGGUCUCAACUCUCCAAUGGUGGUGGUAGCAGCAGUAGAAAACGCCCAUUGGAGGAGGGCAGCAAUGGACACUCCAAGUUCCGCCCUAAGAAGAGGAAGAAAACACCAGGGCCUGUUUUGCCGAAGAAUGCUCUGAUGCAACUGAAUGAAAUUAAGCCUGGUUUACAGUACAAGCUUCUAUCCCAAACAGGACCAGUUCAUGCCCCUAUUUUUGUGAUGGCAGUUGAAGUUAAUGGACAGGUGUUUGAGGGAUCUGGCCCUACAAAAAAGAAGGCAAAGCUUCAUGCUGCUGAAAAGGCUUUGAGAUCUUUUGUUCAGUUUCCAAAUGCAUCUGAAGCACAUCUAGCAAUGGGGAGAACACUCUCUGUAAACACAGACUUUACAUCUGACCAAGCAGACUUCCCAGACACACUUUUCAAUGGAUUUGAAACACCAGUUCAGACUGACAAUUCCUUUUAUUUGGGGUCCAAUGGAGAUGGAUCCUAUAGCUCCAGUAUAGACUACAGUCUGUCCUCAUCCACUGUGGCUGGUAGUCUUAUCCAGUCCCCUCUUCCCACACCAUCACCAUAUCCAUCGACCAGUGGAAAGAACCCUGUGAUGAUUCUGAAUGAGCUGCGGCCAGGGUUGAAGUAUGAGUUUCUCUCAGAAAGUGGAGAAAGCCAUGCUAAGAACUUUGUGAUGGCCGUGGCAGUGGAUGGUCAAACUUUUGAAGGAUCAGGAAGGAACAAAAAGCUUGCAAAGGCUCGGGCUGCUCAGUCAGCUCUUGCAUCCUUAUUUAACAUGCAGCUGGAUCAGACCCCAUCUCGCCAGCCCAUUCCCAGUGAGGGUCUCCAGUUACAUUUACCGCAGGUUUUAGCUGAUGCUGUUGCACGCUUGGUUGUGGAUAAAUUCAGUGAUCUGACUGAUAAUUUCACAUCUCCCCAUGCACGUAGAAAAGUUCUUGCUGGAAUUGUCAUGACAACAGGUACAGAUGUGAAGGAUGCCCAGGUUAUAAGUGUUUCCACAGGGACAAAAUGCAUAAAUGGAGAAUACAUGAGUGACCGUGGUCUUGCAUUAAACGAUUGCCAUGCAGAAAUUAUAUCUCGCAGGUGCCUGCUUAAAUUUCUUUACACACAACUUGAGCUGUUUGUAAGUAAUAAAGAAGAUCAACAAAAAUCCAUCUUUAUCAAGUCUGAACGAGGCGGAUUUAAACUGAAAGAAAAUGUGCAAUUUCAUCUCUAUAUCAGCACCUCUCCAUGUGGAGAUGCUAGGAUUUUCUCACCACAUGAAGCAGCACAAGAGGAUCAGGGAGACAGACAUCCAAACCGUAAAGCAAGAGGACAGCUACGGACAAAAAUAGAAUCUGGAGAAGGGACAAUUCCAGUCCGAUCUACCACUACCAUCCAGACGUGGGAUGGAGUAUUACAGGGAGAGAGACUGCUUACUAUGUCUUGCAGUGACAAGAUAGCUAGGUGGAACGUGUUGGGUAUUCAAGGAUCCUUACUUAGCCUCUUUGUGGAGCCAAUUUACUUCUCUAGCAUCAUCUUGGGGAGUUUAUAUCAUGGGGACCAUCUAUCCAGAGCAGUAUACCAGCGGAUAGCAGAGAUAGAAGAUCUACCACCUCUGUAUACGCUCAACAGACCUUUACUUAGUGGUAUUAGCAAUGCAGAAGCCCGCCAACCAGGAAAAGCACCUAAUUUCAGUGUAAACUGGACAGUAGGAGACACUGGUCUUGAAGUUAUUAAUGCCACAACUGGCAAGGAUGAGAUGGGUCGUGCAUCUCGGCUUUGUAAGCACGCUUUGUACAGUCGCUGGAUGCGUAUUCAUGCAAAGCUUUCCUCUAGCCUGCGCUCAAAGAUCCUCAAACCGAACCUGUACCAUGACACUAAGCAGGUGGCCACUAAGUAUCAAACUGCCAAAGAGUGUUUGUUUAAAGCGUUCCUGAAGGCAGGGCUUGGAGCCUGGGUGGAGAAACCAAUAGAGCAGGAUCAGUUUUCUCUCACUGUCUAAUCCAUGGACUGCACAUCACUUUGGAACAAUUCUGGAAAUCCUGGCGUCCGGCAUCAUUUUCUGGCAUCAGCUGUCAAAGCAUCUUUUUGACACUUUGAAACUAACUAGCAAAUCGAUGUUAUGUUUUGCUCAAAUAUUGGAAGUCAAUGAUAAGUUGCUACAAUAAUUCUAUAUUUUGUUAUAAAAAUAAUUUUGAUUUACUUCUCUAGAAAAUCCUCUUACUGUAGAAAAAAAUUCAGUAAGGCUGUCUUUAACAGGACCAGAUGACUCAUAUUUUUCUGGGUUAGAAAUAAUUCCCUUUUUUAAUGCAAUAUAAGCAAGUGCAUGAAAACAUGUAGAUUGCAUUAGGUUUUACACUGCAUUUUUUUAGCCUGUAGCUUAAUUUAAUCAAAAGAAGCUACAAAGUUAAUUUCUGCUCUUCUGUUAGCGUGGUUUGUUUUUUGUUUGUUUGUUUGUUUGUUUUUUGUUUAAUUGCAGAGCAUAUAGGUGACAAAGUCAGAAUGGAUUUUGGACAGCUAGCUUUUCCCUUCUUCCUUGCUCUUUAAAACCAGCUGCUGAAAACUUCAUGUCUUUGAUGUACGUAUUUAUUAGUCUGUGACCUGGUUUUUAACAUACCGCUUUUUGUUCUGUUUUUUAAAAUACAUUUACAUGCAUUGUGAAGUCAUCAUUUUUUACCACUGGAAACUGGAAACAAAAAAUAAGUAUUUGUAAGUUAAGAAAUUUAGUCUAUAGUGUACAAAACCUGUUUAGAAGUAGGCAAUUUGUAUAUCCCAGGAACUCAUGCAAACACCACCAUAACAUUAACAGUAAUGUGGCAACUUCAAAAAAACAGUUGUUCAUUUUGGGGAAAUAAUUCUGAUUUGCCAAAAAUAACCCAUUCAUAGAAUGUUAAUUACAGUUUUUCUCAAAGAAAUGAGAGGCCUAGUAAGGAUGAAAGAAUUGUUAAACUUCUUUUUUGUGGUCUUCAAAGACUUAACAACUGGACUGUUGUGUCCCCUGAAGAUUGUAUUGCCUGUAGCUUCACAUACAUGAUGAUCUAUAAAAGUCUUAGUUCUAAGUUUUGUUUGCUCUAGUAUAUAUUUAGAAUGGUAUUUUAUUUAUAAAAGCUCUUUUAUGUUAAAAUUUUCACAUAUGCUAGAUGUAAAAAUGAAAAAUAGCAGGGAAAAUACUGCCAGGUCUGUUAAGUCAGUGGGUGCAUAGACAGCACAUUUAGAACAAUUUGUAAGCGAAAUGAAAGUCUGACGAUGGAUUGGAGAAAUCCACUUUUUCUCAGCAUAGCAGGUAUAAUUCUCUAGUUCCAUCCAAUAUGUCUAAGUACAUGAUGUGACCUGUGUAUCAAAUAUAUUGCGUGGACAAAUUCUGAAAAACACCUCAAAGUAUUUUUAAGUCCUAUUUUUUUAAAAAAUUAAUUUAUAAUAGCAGUAACUACCUCAGCACCGGGCAUUUCCUGGAGAGUAGUGGCUCCAUGGAUGUUGUGGAAAGUGAUACAAAAACUCUUUCCAUCCAGUAAUCAAUACGCUGGAAAUGCCCUGUCCUGCAAUCAUUAUUGCUCAAUUAUGAAUCAAAGUGAAAAAAAUUAUCAAGACUAAAAGUUGCCUGAAUAUUGUACUAAACCUCCUAAUUAGAGUCUGAGUAGCAAUACACGAAUGUGUAAAAUAAACUCUGGUAGGGGAAAAACAUUCAGAAUGUGUGAAGGCAAGUAAUGUACAUGCUCUUUCAAAAUACAAGAUUUACAUUGUGUCUGUCUUUGCAAAUGUCUUUGGCCCUCAACCUGCAAACACUUUUGCAAUUGCUUAAAGUUAAGCACAAGUAGACCCAUGGAACUGCUCAUGUGCUCAAAAUUAAACGUGUGCAUAAAUUUGCAGGAUUGAAGCCAAAAUGUGGAGAACUGUAAAUUAGAGCAAUUUGUGAAUUUUCUAGUUGGUCUCACCAUGUGGAUUUUCUUGGAAUUAGUCUAACUAUUAAAUGAAAUCUCUGUUUUUAAGGGACUCUGUUUAUUGAUGAUUUACUUUGCCAUCUUAAUCUAUUUUUACCAAUCUUUUUAAAUUUCUCAUUCAGAAGUUGAGCUCUCUUCAGAUUUUAUUUUGAAGUUCAGGCAGUUAUUAGAUGAGAUUAUUUUUUUAUUGAUGAAGUCCUGAAUGUGAGUAAUAUAUUUAAGUAUUAUUGUAGGCAUAAAUUUUAAGACAUUCAAAUUUACUAUGAAUAUAUGGAAACUAUAAGUGAGAGUUCCAGGUAGAAUUCUUUUUGAUAAAAGAGCAUUAUUUGAUUCAUAUGAGGAAUGAGUUCUCAUUCAUUAUAGUUCUAGGGUUUUCAAAAUGUUUUCCAGGAUCAUGUGCAACCCAUAUCAGUCAUGGAGGAGCCAAUGGCUUUCCGCACACCUGCUUAUUCAUUUUUGUUCAGUAAUAUGUGAAAAUCAGAAGUUGUAGGGAAAAAAAGUGUUCCUGUAAAAGAUUUCUUUGAGAUUGUUAUAUUCAGCUAAAUUCUGCCAUGUCCCUUUUUUGUCAUUCUGUGCCCCUUUAUAUUCUUGGCCUUUGUAUUCUUUGUAAUACUCCUAUAUUCUUUACAGAUCACCAUCAUCAAGCAUGGAUGGCUUUUUAUGCAUUUAAUUUUAAAUGAUUGCAGAGGAUAAAGGCAACAUGGCUGCCAACAGCUGUUGAAAUUUGGGGUUGACCUUUCUCUAUCAAGCAUUUAGCUUGCCAUUUAUUUUGAGAGGUUGGACGGUCUUUUUGAAUAUCUUCAUUGUGCGAUUUAGUAUGUAAUGGUGGUGGUGGCUAAUCUUAGCAAGGAUUUGUUAUGCUAUCCUGGGAAUUCUUGGGGUUUUUUAAGUUGAUAUAAGUGUAUAUCUCAGGUUCGUCACAAAAUUUAAAUGAGUAACAACUUUAAAGUUAAUAAAUACUUGAAGAAAUAUAAUUUAAGAUGUUUUUCCAAAUUACAUUCUAGCUACAAUAAAAGAUAAUAGGUUAGUAACAUAGAACACUGUAAAUGUAGGGAUUUUUUAAAAAAAUAUAUUCUGUAGGGGAGUAAAAAGGAACUAGGACCUGGAAGUGAAACUUGAAGCAUUUGGUUAUGUCCAUGCUCAGGAUUUAAUACCCAGAGAACAUGUCCUGUCACUUGCUGAUGAUGAAUCAUACUAAUCAGAGUUCUUUAAGUUAAAAACUGUCUUCACAUUAAUAUGCUAGCUCGUUCCCAUCCCCCCACAAAGCUCCCAACCCUUUGGUGUAGUUAGUGAUAAAAAUUAUGAUAGUUAAAUAGUGUGCAACUUAGACAUGUGCAACAAUGGGCUCCCUGCACAGGUGACAGUUUUAGUAUCUUCCUCAUUCUAGAUAGUACAAACACACUAUUAUAGGGUAGAAACGAAUUAAUGGGGGGGAACCCUCAGAGUAGCCGCAGAUCUUUAUAUGGUGCCAUCAUUAAAACCUAAAACAACUCACGACUGAAAUUUCAGGCACCUCAGAGCUGCAUCACUGGUGUUUUGUUUUACCAGUAUGCAUCUCUGAUUUUAAAUAUUUUAACCACCUAAAAAUAAAUACAAUCUUUCAACUGGAUACCUUGUAUGUACAAAUUAUAAUACUUCCUGCUGGUGAGGGGGUAAAAUUAUUAGUUGUAGGCUGCUGAUCCCAGCUAACACAGUGUUGUGCACUCAAUUUGCAUGUCUGUAAUGAAAGAGUCAAGGUGACAUCAUGAAAACUGUUUUCUUUCCCAUCUCUCCCAAAGACAAAUUAUUUUUCAGAGGGAGAAAGACUUGAGUCUUGGGACAUUUUGAGUUGAGGUUGCCACAUAACUGAAGUGGAACUUUCUUUCUUAUUUUUUUUAAAUAACACGCUAAAGGUUCUCCAUACAUUGAAAAUUAUCUUUUUGCCUUUUGCCAAAGCAAGCUUUUUCACUCCGAGGGGACAAUUUCAAGUCUUUGCAUUUUUAUCAUAAUAGAGUGUCUGUUAUGAAAAUCAUCCUGAAGUUUUUUGAAUGGGAAGGUGAGCUGUGAUUCAGAUAUGUGAUGGGAAACAAAAUGUUUAUAGUUAUUUAAAACAUAAAAGUGAGCCCACAGAAAUAAAAUGUAUACAAAAUGUAUAAAAUAUAUUAUCCUGUCUCCGAA